AGGAGAUACUUGAAGGCAGUUUGAAAGAGUUUUAUUUUACAGAUUCUUAGUCCAAAGAUUUCAAAUUAGAGAGAAGUAGAAGCAGAAAAUAGACAAGCCACGUAAGUAUGAUGAAGAAGCCUUCAUCCUGACAUUCUACUGGCAUCUAACGUGGCUAGAACCUCAAUCAAUGGUGAAGUAGCCUUUUCAGCUGAGAUCUGUCUGUUCAGUGUCUAUAAUAAAUGCGGUCAAAGGGGCAGUCGCUUCUCAGCACUCACAAAGGUCUUGUUUUUGAACCUCACCCUCACGAAAGCCAAUUUUCAUCAUGCCAAACCAACAGAAGAAAGUCAUUUUUUGCACGGCCGGGGUGUUAAGCUUCUUGUGUGCCCUGGGAGUUGUGACAGCCCUGGGGACACCCUUGUGGAUCAAAGCCACCUUCCUCUGUAAAACCGGGGCUCUGCUCGUCAACGCCUCAGGGCAGGAGCUGGAUAAGUUCAUGGGUGAGAUGCAGUACGGGCUUUUCCACGGAGAGGGCGUGAGGCAGUGUGGAUUGGGAGCAAGGCCCUUUCGGUUCUCAUUUUUCCCAGAUUUGCUCAAAGCAAUGCCAGUGAGUAUCCACGUCAACGUCAUUCUCUUCUCCAUGAUCCUUAUUAUCUUAACUAUGGUGGGGACAGCCUUCUUCAUGUACAACGCUUUUGGCAAGCCUUUUGAAACUCUGCAUGGUCCACUAGGGUUGUAUCUUCUGAGCUUCAUUUCAUGCUCCUGCGGUUGUCUUGUCAUGAUUUUGUUUGCCUCUGAAGUGAAAAUCCACCACCUCUCAGAAAAUAUUGCAAAUUAUAAAGAAGGGACUUAUGCCUACAAAACGCAAAGUGAAAAAUAUGCCACCUCGUUCUGGGUCGUUUUCAUUUGCUUCUUUGUUCAUUUUUUGAAUGGACUCCUAAUACGACUGGCUGGAUUUCAGUUCCCUUUUGUAAAAUCGAAAGACACAGAGACAACGAAUGUGGCUGCAGAUCUAAUGUACUGAAGGCAAACAUGUCUGUAAUUUUCCAAAAGAAUGAAUGGACUUGCUUUGGUCACUUGAACAUGGUUAAUUUUGUCUAUCCUUUUGGAUACCCCAAUUAAAGCACCCAAACCCUUGGUGAUAAUGCUUACAAGUUAUGUACUAAGGGUACAGGCUGGAAAAUAAGGGGGGCAGAAGAAAGGCUUUGGGAGGUUUUAUUACUUGUGGGGAAAUUGCUUCACCCUGGUUGUCAAAGCAGUUGACUAGAAAUGGACAAAUUGUUACUCCA